CAGAAAUGGAGCACGCCGUCUACCUCUUCGUCUUCCUGCUUACAUUGACCACAGAGUCAGUCCAGAUUGAGGACAAUAAGAUCCCCAGCCUUUGCACUGGGCACCCCGGAAUUCCAGGCAGCCCCGGGAUCCAUGGUAACCAAGGCCUGCCAGGCAGAGAUGGGCGUGACGGGCGUGACGGAGCAGCAGGGAUGCCGGGAGAAAAGGGCGAAGUUGGUCAACCAGGAGCAGUGGGCCCCACAGGAGAAAGAGGCAGCCCUGGCCUCAAUGGGUUCCCCGGAGAGAAAGGAGUGCCAGGGGAGUGCGCAGUGGCUCCCCGCUCAGCCUUCAGCGCCAAGCGCUCCGAGUCUCGCAGCCCUCCCUUGGCCGACCAGCCAAUCGUCUUUGACGUGGUGCUGGUCAACGAGCAGGGACAUUACGACGGCAACACGGGGAAGUUCCUCUGCGAGAUUCCGGGACUGUACUACUUUGCUGUCCAUGCCACCGUCUACCGCAUGAGCCUCCAGUUCGACAUUAUGAAGAAUGGCAAGUCGGUGGCCUCCUUCUUCCAGUUCUACGGCAACUGGCCCAAGCCCACAUCGCUGUCCGGUGGCACCCUGGUGCGGCUGGAGCCGGAGGAUGAAGUCUGGGUGCAGGUGGGGGUGGGGGACUACCUCGGCUUCUACUCCAGCAUCAAGACAGAUAGCACUUUCACAGGAUUCCUGGUCUACUCCUACUGGCAAAACUCUCCCGUCUUUGCCUGAGAGACGACUUGCCCCUCUCCGCCACGCAAUUUGCGGAGGACUCCCGCGUUCCCCUUCUUGGCUCCGCCACAGCUGUCGUCCGUGGGGACACCUGUGGCCCUUCUUAACCCGAGGGGUGCGGCACCCCUUUAGCUAAUGCCUGUAAAAGGGUUGUAGGUUCCUCCCAGAAGGUGUCUGGCAAACCCUCAGGCCAAGGUCGGGGUAGCUGUGCAGCAGAGAAGUUAAGUGACCUUUGUAGCGCACUAGCAAACAGUGUACUCCUUGCGGAGUAGAUUUACUUUCUUUCUAUAGAUAUAUACACAUACAUACUUAGGGCUCGGCCCCACUUGCUUCGCUCGCCAGCCCCACCUACCCCUUUGGUAACCACCCUUCCCCACAUCAGAUGUCAAAUGACAAUAUGACUUUUAGAAGACAUCUGAAGGCAGCCCUGUAGAGGGAAGUUUUUAAUGUCUGGUGUUUUAUUGUGU